AUGGUAAGCAUCUUAGACCGGCUCUGGUGCAUCUCGCUGACUUCAACAGGUCGACCUUGCGAUGAAGACGGCAACUUCCUCCCUCGCGACGCGCCUCCUCCUGCACGAGAACCAGUCGAGUCUUAUGCGCCGUUCGAGAAUCGAGCCGCGUUCCAGUUCGCGGAGCUCAUCUUCAAGAAGAUGCAGGUAUCGCAGGGUAACAUUAACGAUCUGAUGAGGACUCUAGCAGCAUACAACGUUAGUCAAGGCGGUGGCGACCCACCUUUCGAGAAUGCAGAGCAGCUGUAUGAAACGAUAGAUGCCAUCCAGUAUGGAGACGCGCCGUGGGAAUCAUUUUCUGUUCGCUAUACAGGGCCAAUUGACGAGGAUUCACCUUCUUGGAAGCAGGCCGACUACACCAUCCACUGUCGCAAUGCCCGCCAGGUCACCCACAACAUGAUCGGAAAUGAAGAGUACGACAGCAAGUUCGACACAACGCCGUACCAGGAGUAUCCGGUACCUGGUGUUACGCGCUUCUCGAACGUCAUGUCAGGGCAGUAUGCGUACAAACAGGCGACGAAGGUCGCACAAGAUCUGCAAACGCAUGGGUCAAUGCUCGCGCCGGUCCUCCUCGGUGCCGAUAAGACGACCGUCUCAGUCGGUACUGGUCAUCAAGAAUUCCAUCCCUUGUAUAUGUCAAUAGGCAACGUGCAUAAUCCUGUGCGUCGCGCCCACAAGGACGCGAUCAUCCCGAUCGCAUUCUUAGCAAUACCCAAAGCUUCGCGAGGCGAGGUCGAGACUGACGAGUUCCGGACGUUCCGAAAACAGAUAUACCAUGCAUCUAUUGCACACAUCCUGUCGCCUCUGCGGCCCUACAUGGAGACACACGACAUCGUCCGCUGCCCUGACGGAUACUUCCGACGGGUCAUAUACGAGCUGGGCCCCUUCAUUGCUGACUAUCCGGAGCAGGUUGUUCUGUCGGGCAUAGUCAGUGGGUGGUGCCCGAAAUGUCUUCUACCUCCCGAAGAUCUACACAGAGGCGGGGGAGAUCCUCGCUGCCCGGAACAUACCGAACAUUUGGUCGACAACUUCGACACCAAGACUAUCUGGCGUACAUGGGGCUUCGACGUCAAUGUGAUCCCUUUCACAAUGCAUUUCCCCCACACCGACAUACACGAACUUCUCACGCCCGACCUUCUGCAUCAACUGAUCAAAGGUACAUUCAAAGAUCACCUUGUCGAGUGGGUCGAGAAGUACCUCUAUCUUGUCCAUCCGAAGGCGGAAGCUCGCCGCCAAAUGGACGACAUAGAUUGCAGGAUAGCUGCUGCACCGCAAUUUCCUGGUCUUCGACAGUUUCCGGAAGGGAGGAACUUCAAACAGUGGACGGGAAAUGAUUCAAAGGCUCUAAUGAAGGUUUACCUCCCCGCAAUUGAAGGGCACGUGCCAGACGGCAUUGUGCGCUGCUUCGCUGCAUACCUCGACUUUUGCUACUUGGCGCGGCGAUCCGCUCAUGAUGACAACUCACUCGCAGCAAUGGAGGAUGCACUCAAUCGUUUCCACAGACACCGCGCUAUCUUCAAGGACAUUGGUAUCCGCCCUGAGGGCUUUUCACUCCCACGACAACACACUCUCGUUCACUACAUCACGGGCAUACGACUUUUCGGUUCUCCAAACGGCAUCUGCUCGUCGAUCACGGAAUCGAAACAUAUCCGCGCCGUCAAGAAGCCGUGGCGAAGCUCCAGCAAGAACAAUCCAUUACCGGAAAUGCUCCGAACUAAUCAGCACCUUGACAAGCUCGGCGCGGCGCGCUCAUACUUCAUGAGUCACCAUAUGCUUGAUGGUGAUGUUCUUGCGGACGCGAUGAACCUCGGACCACUCAUCACCGAAGCCGAUCUCCUGCCCAUUGUGUCCAAGUUGCUAAGUGGUUCCAUAGUCUACAUGCGUCGUGUCGAGGACCUCGCUGCCGAGUAUGAUCAGCCUGAUCUCCUAGCCCUGAUCCGCCGAUUCCUUUUUGACCAGCUCAUCGCGACCGACAAGAUCGGCUCAAGCAUGGUCGAUGUAGCGCAAUGCCCGCAGUUUCUCGGCAAGAUUGCUGUCUACCGGUCAGUGAUCGCGAAGUUCUAUGCACCGAGCAAACUCUCCGGCGAUGGUGGCAUGCAUCGGGAGCUCAUACGUGCCAACCUGUCUUGGCGCGGCCAUCCUCGCUUCGAUACAGUCCUCAUCAAUGUUGACGAAGCCGAACCUGGCAUGAAAGGAAUGGAGGUUGGUCGGGUUAUGGGCCUUAUGAUACUAACUCAUGCUGGUAUCCCCUACCCGUGUGCUUUGAUAGAUUGGUUCGAGAAAGUAUCCGACGAUCCUAGCGAAGUGACCAGUAUGUAUGUUGUUCAGCCCGAGGUAGAUGCAGAUGAUGGACAACAAGCCUCGUCUAUAGUACAUCUAGAUAGUAUUUUUCGUGCAGUUCAUCUUACUCCGGUGUAUGGGGACACCUCGAUGCCCAUCAAUUUUCAUUUUUCGUAUACUCUUGAUGCUUUCGAGUCCUUCUAUGUUAAUAAGUACGGAGAUUAUCAUUCCCAUGAAUGUAUCUACUAG